ACACCUACCUUAAUCUGCUUACAGGUUGUGCGCCGCUCGAUGGGCCACACACACACGGCGAGGGAGCCUUAAGAGCAACCUAAUACCUGACGGCUUCAUCAUCUCCAGAGUCCGUGCUUAUGGUUUCCCGCCUGGAGGGGCUGUGCAGCCUGGACUGUUUGGCUGAGCCCCUGGACGAGAUGUCAACCCGCCUCAACCUCAACAGCCUGGGCAGGAUUUGCGGCAACAGCCGCGGCAGCGACAUGGUGAUUGUGGACCGGGUCAAGAGGAAGAACUCGGUCAGGCGCAUGUCGAUCAUCGAGGAUGGACAAAUAGCCGAGAUUCUCUACCUGAUCCCCAAGAACUGCAUGAUGGAGCAGCUGCCUUUUCUAAACCCUAACGACUAUGUUCUGUGUGAGAAGCUGGCGGCCAUACCUGCGGAUGUGUCAGUGCUUCACACCCGGAGCGAUCGUCAGCCUCAUACCCCUGCAGUCAAGAAGGUCAUCAGAUGCAUGAAAUGUGGGGAGGUCUGCAAAGGGGAGGUGCUGAGAGUCCAGUCAAGUCACUUCCACAUCAGAUGCUUCACCUGCAAGGUGUGUGGCUGCGACUUGGCGCGUUCCGGCUUCUUCUUGAAGAACGGAGACUCUCUCUGUCCGCUGGACUACCAGAGACUUCAUGGCACCCUCUGCAACAGCUGCGGGGGAUUUGUGGAGGGAGAGGUGGUUUCCGUCUUGGGCAAGACGUACCACCCCGCUUGCUUUGUGUGCACCAUUUGCAAGAAACCAUUUCCGGCUGGUGAUUGUGUCACCUUCAGUGGGAAAGAUUGCAUCUGCCAACGGUGUGUUAGCCCUUUGUCUCCUCCCCCUACUGGUAUCAGAUAUUCUAACAACUGUAACGGCUGCGGCCGAGACAUCAAGAACGGCCAGGCUUUGUUGGCGUUGGGGAGCCAGUGGCACCUUGGCUGCUUCAAGUGCAACAUCUGCCAAAGAAUGCUCAGUGGAGAAUACAUCAGCAAGGAUGGUGUCCCAUAUUGUGAGAGAGACUACCAGCUUCAGUUCGGCGUACAAUGUGAAGCGUGUCAGAAGUUUAUAACGGGCAAAGUCCUGGAGGCAGGGGACAAACACUAUCACCCGGAAUGUGCAAGAUGCAGCCGAUGUGAUAAAACGUUCACAGAGGGAGAAGAACUGUAUCUGCAAGGAUCAACAGUGUGGCACCCACACUGCAGAGAAAGAAGCAGAAACAAUGACAAUUACAGGUCAACUCUAUCGUCAUCUGAAAGCUCCUGCUCCAGACCAGAGUCCUGUAUACCUGGAAGCCCCAGUCGCAACACAUGUGCUAAAGUAGAUGAUGAGAUCAUUGAUUACCGAGACUUAGCAGCAAUUCCCAGAGUCAAGGCUAUUUAUGACAUAGAGCAUCCUGAUAUGAUGUCCUAUAAGAGUGACGUCCUCAGCUCGGACUGCAAAGGCACCACACAGCCUCAGGACAGACAGAGUUCUGCACAGUCUCCAGCAAAUGUAUCAGAGACCACAGAGGAGAGCUUUGAGAUGAGAAAAAGCAUUCCCAAGUCGGCAAGUCACGGAUCAUUCGGUGUUCAGUCGUACAGUCAUCACAGCUACACGCCCACCAGAUCCCCUCAGCACUUCCACCGGCCCGGCCCUUUAUUUUCUGUCAACGACACCUUGCUCUCCCUCUCUUCCCAUCACCCUGACAACAAAGAUCAAGGUUUCAACAUGUACAAAAGGCCUCCAAUUUACAAACAGCAAGAUCCAAAUUCCUCCCAUACAUCCUCUUUGCCUGGAUAUGGCUGCAAUGGCCUCAAUCCGCAACAAUCAGCAAGCAGCGGUGACACGUUUAGGGAUUUCAAGCUGCUCCAUGAGAGCCCACAUCCAUUUGCACGAAUAGACAGAGGAGUGUCAUUACCUAACUUGCUGGAGCCAAAAGUGUACCCAUAUGAGAUGCUCACGGUUACCAGCAGGGGGCGUGUGAAGCUUCCAAGAGAGGUUGACAGAACAAGACUUGAGCGUCACCUAUCUCCUGAUUCCUUCUUUGAAAUCUUUGGCAUGGCGAAACAACAAUUUGACAGACUUCCACUUUGGAAACGUAACGACAUGAAGAAAAAAGCCAAUCUUUUCUAAAUGCAUGUUUUAUGAAUUGUUAUUUCCUAUAUUUAUUUAUUUGCACUUGGAUCACAAAUUAUUCAUAUCUUUUUUUUGCCUAAAAAUUAUUUAUUACAAUGAUUACAGGCCGUUUUAAUUAUGGUGAACAUCUCGACUGUCUAUUUUGGGGAUUAGCAAAUUAGUAUUUUCCUUUCCAGUCGUCCCUCGCCACAUCGCGCUUCAAAUAUUGCGGCUUCACAACGUCGCAGAUCUUUUGGGGGAUAUUUAAAAAUAUUUUUUAGUACAAGUACAAAACUCAAAACCAAUUCGUAAAUAAAAACAGAAUACAAUGAUUUGCAAAUCCUUUUCAAUUUUUAUUCAAUUGAAUAGAUUGCAAAGACAAGAUGUAUAAUGUUCGAACUGAGAAACUUAAUUUUUUUUUGCAAAUAAUCAUUAACUUAGAAUUUAAUGGCAGCAAAACAUUUGUUCAUAUUAUGAACCGUAAAUGGUGAAAUCCCUAAAUUCCUUGCAAUAGCUCGUUGAGAAAUGUUGUACUUAAACUGUUGGACAAUUUGCUCACGCAUUUGUUCACAAAGUGGUGACCCUCGCCCCGUCCUUGUUUUUUGAAUGACUGAGCAUUUCAUGGAAGCUGCUUUUAUACCCAAUCAUGGCACCCACCUGCUCCCAAUUAGCCUGUUCACCUGUGGGAUGUUCCAAAUUAGUGUUGAGCAUUCCUCAACUUUCUCAGUCUUUUUUGCCACUUGUGCCAGCUUUUUUGAAACAUGCUGCAGACAUCAAAUUCCAAAUGAGCUAAUAUUGGCAAAAAAUAAAGUUUUCCAGUUCGAACGUUAAGUAUCUUGUCUUCGCAGUCUAUUCAAUUGAAUAUAGGUUGAAAAGGAUUUGCAAAUCAUUGUAUUCUGUUUUUAUUUACCAUUUACACAAAGUGCCAACUUCACUGGUUUUGGGUUUUGUAUAUUCAAAAAUGUUAAUCAUAAAUUAAGCAUUUUCAAGCUUAAAAAUGGCUAAAUAAACUAAUAAUGUCAAUAUAACAAUAUAAUUGACCACGAGAGGAAACCAAACCAAUCAGAGCGUGCUGUUCAGUAUCGUGGGCACUGAUUGGCUCAGCCUCAGACAGCAUUACUAUAUUGGAAUUAAAGUGUCUAAAAGGUGUCAUUUCAUGUAAAAACCAAAAACAAAGCAUAUUUAGAAGGUUAUAAACAGGUUUGAUUUAUAAUUAUAUUAUUUCUAGCGGUCAUGUCGGGAACCAAUUAACAGCGAUAAAUGAGGGACAACUAUAAAUUGCAGCAUAUAUUCAGUUAAUUCUGGAUAAUUAAGCUCAGUGCUGUUCAUGCACAUUUACUUUACUCUAAUUUGCAGAAAUACAUGUCAGAAAACACACAGUAAAACACAGCAAGUGCUCGAAAUGGUGCUAUGUUUUAAUCUUACUGAUGAGGGCGCCAGAGCGACAGAAACAUUAGAAACGUUUAUGCAAACUCGCUUUAGUGCACGAGGAUUCCAAGGCUUAAAUUAUCUGAGCUAAAAGCUGACUCAUAGAAAUGUUUUGUGCAUGGAAUGUUAUGUUAAAGCAAUCUGGGAGAUCUCAAAGUCUCCAUCUCCAAUGGCACAUUUGUACUUGCCUUCACAAAAGUUCAAAGCAAAGACUAAAGUAGGGUUUUUCAGUUGGCUUUUCUAAAACUGUUUUAAAGGUAUGUGACUACAUGUGAACACAUGAUGGCCACUAUAUUUGGACUCAGGACAUUGUGUCAGCUAUUAUGAUGAUAAUUUAUCAUGUACCAUAUUAGUAGCAUAGCAGGUAUAAAAAUAGGCAAGACUAAUUACCUCGGUUUCACAAUAACUUCACGCGCCAUUAAUAAAAAGGGCUGAUAUGUGUGUA